ACCCCAUCACUAAUGAUUUUAAGAUUGCUCAUUGCAGCACAGCAAAGAAGAAAGCAAUCCCAAGCAUGAAGACUCUGCUUUUGCUUAUAUAUAUCAUUGGUAUAGCCAUUGCUUCCCCGAUCCAAAGAAGUGGAAUUCUAUUCAGGAGAGGCUAUGAGGGCAAUAUUAAUUCCAUCAGUGCAGAUAAAGGAGUCUUAAAGACCAGCUCUGCCGUUGCGAAUGGGAACCAGCAGAAUGGAGAUGAGGGUCACCAGGAAGGAGAAAUAUUUCUGGAUCUCACCAAAGAAUAUGCCAUUGCUGAAGAAGUUUCUACAGUUGAUCCUAUCCGUUCCCAAGGAGGCUAUCCGCACGAAACCGAGAGCCUGCUGCUCCAUGAGGACAAAAACUUUGUGCAGGCCAAAGGCAACAGUCAGCCCAACACACAAAAAACCAGAGAGACCUAUGCUGAAUUUCCAACAGAGAAAGAGGUUGACAGCCAGGAUGUAGCGCCUCUUAAAAAGAUUAGCAAUGCAGAACAAAAUGGCUUGCAGCAUUUGAGGGAGAGAAACACAGUUCAUGGUCCAGUGCUGACCACAGGGGAGUCCAUAGUUUCGGAAGCAGAUCUGUUUGCUGGCAAACAGCACAUCAAGGAUUUCCAUGCCAGCCGUGAGUUUGAUGCGAGAAAAAAUGUCCCUUAUCAUCUGAACAGCUACCGUUUCAGCGAUGAAGGCAUGCAAGGAGAUGACCCAGGUUGUACUGAUGACUCUGAGUCUAGUCAGCAGGUGGAGAGCCAGAGCAAUUUCAGUCAGCAGACUGGAGAACCAAAUAGCUCAAGUGGUUCAAAUGAGGAAGAGGUGAAACAGGCCAGCAGUUCAGGGAACUCUGGAAGUCCAGAGUACUCUAAUGGGUCCCCUGACUCCAGCACCUCCAGUGAUUCUAGUGACUCCAAUGAUUCUAGCACCUCCAGUAGUUCCAGUGACUCUAGUGACUCCAGUGACUCCAGUGAUUCCAGUAGUUCCAGUGAUUCUAGUGACUCUAGCAGUUCUAGUGAUUCUAGUGACUCUAGCAGUUCCAGUGACUCUAGUGACCCCAGCAGUUCCAGUGACUCUAGUGACUCCAGUGAUUCCAGUGACUCCAGCAGUUCUAGUGAUUCUAGUGACUCCAGCAGUUCUAGUGAUUCUAGUGACUCUAGCAGUUCCAGUGACUCUAAUGACUCCAGCAGUUCCAGUGACUCUAGUGACUCCAGCAGUUCUAGUGACUCUAGUGACUCCAGUAGUUCCAGUGACUCCAGUGACUCCAGCAGUUCCAGUGAUUCCAAUGACUCUAGUGACUCCAGCAGCUCCAGUGACUCAAGUAAUACUUCUGAGUCUAGUGAUUCCAGUGACUCCAGUGAUUCUAGCAACUCUUCUGACUCCAAUGACUCCAGUGGGCAAAGUGAUUCCAGCAGCUCCAGUGAUUCCACUGAUUCUGAUAGUUCCAGUGACGGUAGCACUUCCAGUGACUCUGGUGAUUACAAUAAUUCUAGCACUGCCAAAUGAGUGAGAAGUUGCUCAGAUAGUACUGGUGCCACCCACAGAUAUCAGUACUAAGGCAAAAGCUGAAGCCUG